UAUUUAUGCAUCUAUAUGUUUAGUUACCCACCUAUCAUAUGAUCUGAAACUUAUUAUGUAAGUUAUAUACAUCCAACGAUGCCAAAUAAAGUUUUAAAGAAAUCGAUUUCAAUUGCUGAGAAAAAAACAAAUGGGAAUAGUGUAGAAGGUGCAAUCAACUCUCCUUUGCAAAGAUUUGUCAGAGCAAAAAAAAGAAUCACUCAGACUUAUGAUGAAAUAUUCAAGUAUUUGAAAGAAUCAAGGUUGUUUCUCAUUGACUGUGAUAUCAGUGAGGCUAGUGACAACGCUACAAGGUCAGACAUAAGACAUGUUGAUAACUUUUUAAAUCAAGCAUUGAGUAUCAAUGAAGUCCUGAAAAGAGACAGUAUGAAAGUUGCUUUUUUUGGUCGUACAAGUAAUGGAAAAAGCACAGUUGUUAAUGCAAUGCUGUCUGAUAAAAUUCUUCCAGCUGGUAUUGGACACACAACGAAUUGUUUUGUCAGUGUGCUUGGUGGUGAUAGCGAUGAGGCUUUUAUGGUUGAUACUUCAAAUGAAAAGGGUGAGAGAAGAAGUGUUGAGUCACUACAACAAUUAGCGCAUGCUCUUCAUAAUCAAAAACUUGAUAGCAGUAGCUUGUUAAAAGUAUACUGGCCUACGUCAGGAUGUCCUUUACUUAAAGAUGAUGUUGUUUUUGUGGACAGUCCUGGUAUAGAUGUCAGCCCUGAUUUGGAUAGCUGGAUUGAUAAGCAUUGCUUGGAUGCAGAUGUUUUUGUUUUGGUUGUUAAUUCAGAAUCUACCAUUAAUCACACGGAAAAAAGUUUUUUUCAUAAAGUCAAUGACAAGCUAUCAAAGCCAAACAUUUUUAUACUGAACAAUAGAUGGGAUGCGUCUGCUGAAGGCGAUCCUGAGAUGAUUGAACUGGUAAAACAGCAGCAUAUAGAAAGAACGACAGAGUUUUUAGUCGACGAUUUAAAAUGUAUACCACGAACAGAGGCAUCUAAUAGGAUUUUCUUUGUAUCAGCUUUAGAGAUGUUAAGACAUAGAAUGAGUCAGAAAAAGGCAGUAAGCAGGAUUGAACGUAUACCGUCAAUAGAUGAGGAACAUCAAUUUAAUGAAUCAGAAUAUCGCAUGGGUAAAAUUGCAAGGAGACAGGAAUUUGAAGAUUUCGAACUCAAGUUUAAAGAAUGUAUUUCAAAAUCUGCAAUAACAACAAAAUUUCAUGGACAUGCUGCAACUGGUGUGGCUAUUUCCAAAGAGAUGGCGCAAAUAAUGGAGCAAAUUUUAGCCAGAGCUUCCUCUCAAAGACAGUGGUGUAAAGCAGAAAGAGAAGACCAGCAAGAAACAUUAGAUUUUAUGACCUCGAAAUUGAAACAAGUAACAGAAAAUCAAAAAUCAAAAAUUUUAAAUAUUACUGAAGAAGUGGAGAUACAGGUUACAAAAGCAAUGUCAGAAGAAAUUCUUCGACUUGGGCACCUUGUUGGUGAUUUUGAUUAUCCGUUCCAUCCGCAUGCAGGAUAUUUACGUAACUAUAAAAAUGAAUUGCAUGUCCAUAUAGAAAAGGGACUUGGUAAAAAUCUGAAAGCGAGAUGCUCAGCACCUUUGAUAGAGUCUAUUGAAGAGUACAAAGCGGAGAUGCAAGAUCAAGUGUUUGCCCUUAUUCCCGCCAGUGCAUGCAGCUCAAGUUUGCCACUCACUCCAAGGACAAAUUUCGCAGUAAGCUAUGAGUUAGAUGUUCCCAACUUGUGUUCAGACUUUCAAGAAGACGUCACUUUUAAGUUCUCUUUGGGAUGGACAAAUUUAGUGAAUAAAUUUAUCACCCCAAGAAAUCCACGGUUAGCAUUAUUACUUGGAGCACCGGUAAGGCGCAGCACAAUCUAUUUUCCACAACAUGAAUCACCAUCGAAGCCACUCGCACCUGUUCCUUCUGAAGAAGAAUCUCAUCACUUCAAAAAAAGACAGUUGAUAUCAAGAGAAGAUGACGACAUGAUUGAACCAUUGUCAAGACGUGACGAGGAUGAACUAACAGUAGCUGUAAUCCAAGGAUUGAGCAGUCUAGGAUCAACCACUGCAAUGGGAAUAGUGGUGGCAGCAAGUUUAGUGUGGAAAACAGUGGGUUGGAAGUUGGUACUCGGUGGUGUUUCAGCGUAUUCACUCGUAUAUUUGUAUGAACGUGCAAUGUGGACUAAUGCUGCGAAAGAAAAAGUAUUUAAAAAUCAGUUUGUGGAAUAUGCAAGUGAGAGGCUGCAGUUGAUUGUGAGUUUCACAAGUAAAGGAUGCAGCCAUCAAAUUCAACAGGAAUUAUCAACUACUUUCGCUCAACUUGCAUCUCAGGUGGACACAGCUCAGGAAAAACUAAAAACUCGAAUAGAAGAACUUGAUGAAGAAAUAAAGAGGCUUGAGGAUAUCGAGGCAAAGGCCAAGUUAUAUAGGAAUAAAGCGUCUUGGCUUGAAAGUGACUUAAACUCGUUCGUAAAAGAGUUUAACCUCAGUCCGAGCAAACUGUGAGAUAUUCACUUGUUAUUUCCCGAUGUUUUGUGAUGUGUUUACACGAAGUUCUGUGUCUCGUUCACUAUGUUGACGUAAUAUUUAGCCUCACUUGUUCAUGCAGAAAAAGGUUUGGCUACUAACAGUUGAAACAAAUGAGAAAACAUGUUAGAAUUUUAUUAGAGUGUUAUUUAUUUAUUUGCUAAAAGCUUUACAUGAAUCACUUUUUUUUUUAUUUCAAGCUACGCGUUUGAAAGAGGAAAACUUUUCGAUAUGGGGGCUAAGAUCGGAAAUCUAGAAAUUUUUAUUAUCUUUCUGAAAUUUUCAGAAAACAGAAAAGCGUGUUUCGCAACACAAAUUUAUUUAUGUUUACUUUGUCAUCCAAACAGGAAAAACAGCAUCCGUAAUUAUUUUCAACAUUUUAAGUGUUCUCGUUAAUCGUUUUCUGUCAAUUUUAAACGUCUCAGUUCGCGACUCUGACUCGUCGAGCAAAGUGGCAUUCAAAGCACGCAAAUAUUGACUUGUUAAUAUUUCUACUUCCUUCACAAUGCCACUAAUUGCACCUUACAAAUCCCGCCAUUUUCGUCAUCAUUUUGUUUGCAGUUAUGAGGCGAUUUUAACAUGUUAUACAUUUGUGUUUGUAUAAAGAAGUCGUACCUUGUAGAAUUUGUGAAAAUUUUAUUUUAUAAACAUCAUAAAAUGAGAAUACUGCUAUAACUCUA